AUGAUCGCCCACCGUCAACCUUUCGUACGGCCAUUCUUGCUGGCCAUAUUGGUGGUAUCGACAUUAGCAUCAAAGAUCCUGCAUUUAUUUCAGCAUGCGGGCUCGAUACCAGCUAGACUCAUGGCGGUCUACUUCCCAACUUUCUUCAUACAGGAAGUUCUAUUAUUUGCAGCGACGUGGUUUUUCCUGCAGAAAUUCACAGGUUUAAGAUGCAUUGUGGGAUUAAUAAUCGUGCCAGCUACGGCAUUCUUAACAUUUUGCCUCUGCUCUUCUCAGCUAAGCUUCUACUUUGUGACUGGAAGUGAGGUCCGCUGGGAUGCAGUCACGAGCGUGGGAACUGAUGCCGAAGGAAGGAAGCUGAUGCUCAGCGGGCUCAAGCCAUUCCUGGGCAGUGCAUGCAUCCUCCUCAUCAUGUCAUGGGUGUUUACAAGAGUAUGCUCCGCAGUCUUUGAUCAAUGGCUAUCUGCAUUAUUCGGUUUUCACUCCCAUGGAGAUAUGCAUGAGGAGGCUUCGAUCGACGAUCAGAAGACCGUUACUCGGAGGAAGCGUCCAGUUCGGCUAUGGACUCUGAUUGGUUUUGUUGGGACGCUUGUGCUUUUGCUGGUCCGUCCCAAAGUGCCAUAUAGCCACAUGUCAGGCGCUAUUCCAUUUACUUUCCUCGAGGCAUUGGUUUCGAGCUCCCCAGCAGUGAGUCAGCCGGUGGAAAACGCGUUUCCUUUGCCAGAACUCAUUAGUGAAGGGCAUUGGAAGGCUCCGGAUGGAUACUUUAAAGGCUGGUCGCCCUACUCUGAUUCGGGUGCUACAUCUCUGCCAGAUUGGGCUUCUGGUCCAUUGCCAGCAGGUUUUGAACGCUGGAGCCAAAAGAAGCAGCAUGUCGGCGGCGCAGAUACAAAUGGAGAGACUGGAAUUGAGAUGAACACGACAGCCAAGAAGAACUACUACGAUCCAGUCCACGAUCCGUUAAGGAUAACCAACCUCGAUCGGAAACUGCUAGAGCCAUUGGCCCAGGCUUUUAAGGAUCACCAUGUCCCCAUUACUCACGUGGUGCUUGUGAUGAUGGAAAGCGCACGAAAAGACGUGUUUCCAUUCAAGUCCGGCUCACACCUCCAUCGUGAGAUUCUCAACUCCUACAAGUCCCUAGACCCGGACAUGAUACACCAAUUGAACGCCAACCUAUCUCACCUGACACCCAUCGCCGAAAUACUGACCGGUGAGUCUGGAGGUUUCCCCAAGACCAGACGCGAUACGGAAUCUUCCCUUUGGAAAGACACUGCUGAGGCUGGCAUGGGCGGCCUCAACAUCAAUGGCGUCUUAACUGGUGCGAGUCUCUCAUUCAAAAGCGAGAUUAUGAACCACUGUGGAAUAUGGCCGUUGCCAGUGGAUUGGAUGGAUGAGAUCACGUCUGAUAUCUACCAACCGUGCAUUAUGCAGGUACUGGACUUGUUCAAUCAAUUCAAACAGCGCUCGGCCGCCGGACCGUCCAGGGACCAUCUGGAGCGAAACUGGACCUCCAUUUUCGUACAGGCUGUGACUGGAAUCUUUGCCGACCAGAAUAUCCUGAAUGAUCAUCUUGGUUUCGAAAAGAAAAUCUAUAGCGAAGAUAUUAGUCAGGAAGGAGCAAAGCAUUAUCAUGAUGAUAUGGAAGAGAUCAACUAUUUUGGCUACUCAGAGCGCGAGGUUUAUCCAUACAUGGAAGAUGCGAUUGAUGAUGCGAUCAAGAAAAAUGAGAGAUUAUUCCUAUCGCAUUUCACAAGCACAACGCACCAUCCGUGGGCCCUACCAAAGGGAGUUCGCAGCGAGCAAUACUUCUCCGACGAGAAUCUGAUGGGGAAGCACGAGGAUAUGAACAGUUAUCUGAAUUCCGUUCGCUUCGUGGAUGCCUGGCUAGGUGAAAUGCUGGGUCUACUAGACAAAAAGGGCAUAUCGAAUGAGACGCUGGUGGUCUUUGUUGGAGAUCACGGCCAAGCCUUCCAAGAAGACUCGCCAGUGACAGGAUGCUAUGGAAACGGUCACAUUAGCAACUUCCGCGUUCCUCUCGUCUUCAGACAUCCACUGCUGCCCAAGAUCCAAAUCACAGCCAACGCAACAUCGCUAUCCAUCAUCCCGACGAUUCUCGACUUGUUAGUGCAGACCAAAUCGCUCAAUGAGAAUGACUCGGGAAUUGCGUUGAACCUGAUGAAUGAAUACGAGGGCCAAUCGCUUAUUCGCCCAUACAAAGCCACGGACGACGGGCGACAAGCCUGGAAUUUUAAUAUUAUUUCCCCCGGAGGCGAGAUGGUCAGCGUUGGGUCGGCCGCUGUACCGUAUCGACUGAUCUUACCGUUGACACAAGAGUUUGAAUUUGUGUUUUCUAAUCUAGAUACGGAUCCUGAUGAGGUGAACCUUUUGCGGGGAUGGUCAGUGGAGGACUUGGUAUCGCAGGUCAGGAGUGUCUAUGGAGAUAAAGCCGGGCAGUGGGUGGCUGAAGCUGAGAAAGUGGGCAAGUGGUGGGUUGGGGAGACCAAGAGGCUGUAUAACCAUGCCGAGUGA